AUGACUAUCUAUCUAUCUAUCUAUCUAUCUAUCUAUCUAUCUAUCUAUCUAUCUAUCUAUCUAUCUAUCUAUCUAUCUCAGGUCAUCCAUUAUCUAUCUAUCUAUCUAUCUAUCUAUCUAUCUAUCUAUCUAUCUAUCUCAGGUUACUCAUUUUCUAUGCAUCCAAAUGACUAUCUAUCUAUCUAUCUAUCUAUCUAUCUAUCUAUCUAUCUAUCUAUCUAUCUAUCUAUCUCAGGUCAUCCAUUAUCUAUCUAUCUAUCUAUCUAUCUAUCUAUCUAUCUAUCUAUCUAUCUAUCUAUCUAUCUAUCUCAGGUUACUCAUUUUUCUAUGCAUCCAAAUGACUAUCUAUCUAUCUAUCUAUCUAUCUAUCUAUCUAUCUAUCUAUCUAUCUAUCUAUCUAUUCAUCCAUUAUCUAUCUAUAUCUAUCUAUCUAUCUAUCUAUCUAUCUAUCUAUCUCAGGUUAUCUAUCUCAGGUUACAUCUUAUUUUCAUGCAUCCAUCUAUCUAUCUAUCUAUCUAUCUAUCUAUCUAUCUAUCUAUCUAUCUGUAUAUGCGUGUUAUCUAUGCUUUCAUCGUAGACAUUGUUUUUUUCUUUUUCUUUCACCUCUCUUUCUCCGUCUCUCUCCCCCCUCUCUCUCUCUAUUCCAAAUCUCCCCUCCCCUCUCUCUCUAUUCCAAAUAUCCCCACCACCUCUGUCUCUAUUCCAAAUCUCCCCUCUCUCUCUCUCUGUUCCAAAUCUCCCCUCUCUCUCUAUUCCAAAUCUCCCCCUCCCCCUCUUUCUCUAUCCCAAAUCUCCCCCUCCUCCUCUCUCUCUAUCCCAAAUCUCCCCUCCCCCUCUCUCUAUUCCAAAUCUCCCCCUCUCUCUAUUCCAAAUCUCCCCCUCCCCCUCUCUCUCUAUUCCAAAUCUCCCCCUCCCUCUCUCUCUGUUUAG